GCAGCCGGAGAAGAGUUCCGGCCUGCGGUGGUGAUCCAGCUCUUCCCCCAAACACUUUCCUGGGUCCUCACCCAGUUAUGUCACCCCACACCCUAUUUAUUCCUCUGGUCAUUCAUUCUGGCUUUCUCUCUUUCUUCCUCUCUCCAGUCCUCCGAGAUGAUUUCCGGCAGUCUCCUGGGAAUGCGGUGGUGGCAGUGGGGGAGCCAGCCGUAAUGGAAUGCGUGCCCCCCCGUGGCCACCCAGAGCCUUCGGUGUCCUGGAAGAAGGAUGGUGUUAGACUCAAGGAGGAGGAGGGGAGGAUCACGAUCCGUGGAGGGAAGCUGAUGAUGUCACAUACUUUCAAGAGCGAUGCAGGGAUGUAUGUGUGCGUGGCCUCCAACAUGGCAGGAGAACGGGAGAGUGGGGCAGCCAAACUUGUGGUCCUGGAGCGUCCCUCCUUCCUGCGUAGACCAGUCAAUCAGGUGGUCCUGGCUGGUGCCCCCGUGGACUUCCCGUGUGAGGUGCAAGGGGAUCCCCCUCCUCGUCUGCGCUGGCGCAAGGAGGAUGGGGAACUGCCCACAGGCAGGUACGAGAUCCAGAGCGACCAUAGCCUUCGGAUCGGGCAUGUGAGCGCUGAAGACGAGGGGACAUACACUUGUGUGGCGGAGAACAGUGUGGGCCGCGCUGAAGCAUCCGGCUCCCUCAUCGUUCACGUCCCACCCCAGCUGGUGACCCAACCCCAGGACCAGAUGGUGGCUCCUGGAGACAGCGUGGCUUUCCGGUGCGAGACCAAAGGAAACCCGCCGCCUGCCAUCUUCUGGCAGAAGGAGGGAAGUCAAGUAGGUGGCCAGCUCCCAGGGCCUGUCCGCAGCUCCUCUGGGUCUCAGCCUCCCUCCUCUCACAUUCUGCAAACUUCUCUCUGGGCUUCGGUCUUACCCUUCCUCCCAGAAACCCCUUCCCUGGAAGGACUGCCUCCCAUCAUCCUCCAGGGACCAGCCAACCAGACGCUGGCACUGGGCUCCUCCGUGUGGCUGCCAUGCAGAGUGAGUGGGAAUCCCCAGCCUAGUGUCCAGUGGAAGAAGGAUGGGCAGUGGCUGCAAGGGGAUGAAGUCCAACUCAGUGUAAUGGCCAAUGGUACCCUGUACAUCGCCAGCGUGCAGGAGGGGCACAUGGGAUUCUAUAGCUGUGUGGCCAAGAGCUCCACGGGGGAGGCCGCCUGGAGUGGCUGGCUUAGGAGGCGGGAAGACUGGGGAGCAACACCAGACCCCCCUACAGAACCCAGUACACCUCCGGGACCUCCCUCGCAGCCUGUGGUCACUGAAAUCACCAAGAACAGCAUUACUCUGACCUGGAAGCCCAACCCACAAGCUGGGGCCACAGUCACCUCGUAUGUGAUAGAGGCCUUCAGCCAAGCCGCUGGUAACACGUGGCGGACCGUGGCGGAUGGCGUGCAGCUGGAGACACACACGGUCAGCGGUCUGCAGCCCAGUACCAUCUACCUCUUCCUGGUGCGGGCUGUGGGAGCCUGGGGCCUCAGUGAGCCCAGCCCCGUCUCUGAGCCUGUCCGCACCCAGGACAGCAGCCCAUCCAGGCCAGUGGAGGACCCAUGGAGAGGCCAGCAGGGACUGGCAGAAGUGGCUGUGCGUCUGGAGGAGCCCGUGGUCCUUGGGCCCCGGACUCUGCAGGUGUCCUGGACCGUAGACGGCCCAGUCCAGCUGGUGCAAGGUUUCCGGGUGUCUUGGAGGGUAGCAGGUCCUGAUGGGGGAAGCUGGUCGGUGCUGGACCUACCAUCCCCAAGCCAGCAAAGUACUGUGCUAAGGGGACUCCCCCCAGGGACCCAAGUUCAGAUCAAGGUGCAAGCUCAAGGCCAGGAGGAGCUGGGGGUUGAAAGCCCCUUGGUGACCAGGAGCAUUCCUGAGGAGGCCCCCAGUGGUCCCCCCCAGGGAGUGGCCGUGGCCUUGGGGGGUGAAGGCAACAGCAGUAUCACUGUGUCCUGGGAACCUCCGCUCUCCUCGCAGCAAAAUGGGGUCAUCGAGGAAUACCAGAUCUGGUGCCUGGGCAACGAGAGCCGCUUUCAUCUCAACCGGUCCGCGGCGGGCUGGGCGCGCUCGGCGGUGCUGCGGGGACUGCUGCCCGGUCUCCUCUACCGGACCCAGGUCGCUGCGGCCACCAGCGCGGGCGUGGGCGUGGCCAGCGCCCCGGUGUCGGUGCAGCUUCCGUCCCCGCCGGAGCUGGAACCUGGGCUCGAGGCGGGCCCGGGGCUGGGGGAGCGGCUGGCGAGGGUGCUGCGGGAGCCCGCCUUCCUCGCGGGCAGCGGCGCCGCCUGCGGGGCGCUGCUCCUCGGGCUUUGCGCCGCCCUCUACCGGCGCCGAAGGCAGCGCAAGGAGCUCAGCCACUACACGGCCUCUUUUGCCUACACACCUGCAGUGUCGUUCCCACACUCAGAGGGCCUGUCGGCGGCCAGUUCCAGGCCACCAAUGGGCCUUGGCCCUGCUCCCUACCCGUGGCUGGCAGACUCGUGGCCUCACUCAUCUCGGAGCCCCUCAGCCCAGGACCCCAGGGGAAGCUGCUGCCCGAGCAACCCUGACCCGGAUGACAGAUACUACAAUGAAGCAGGGAUCUCCCUUUACCUGGCUCAGACGGCCCGGGGCACAGCCGCCUCUGCUGAGGGUCCUGUCUACAGCAGCAUCGACCCCGCCGGAGAGGAGCUGCAGACCUUCCACGGGGGGUUCCCCCCACAUCCCUCAGGGGAUCCAGGCACCUGGAGCCCGUAUGCUCCCCCAGAAUGGAGCCAGGGGGACAGUGGAGCCAGGGGAGGCAAAGUGAAGCUUCUGGGAAAGCCUGUACAGAUGCCCUCUCUCAACUGGCCAGAAGCCCUGCCUCCCCCGCCCCCCUCCUGUGAACUGAGCUGCCUAGAGGGGCCUGAGGAGGAGCUGCAGGGCAGCUCAGACCCAGAGGAGUGGUGCCCACCGAUGCCUGAGAGGAGCCAUGCGGCAGAGCCCAGCUCCGGUGGGGGGUGCUUGGUCCCUGUGUCCCGAGGAGAAACCCCCUCUCCCACACCUUCCUAUGGGCAGCAGUCCACAGCCACUCUCACCCCUUCACCUCCUGACCCUCCCCAGCCCCCUACUGACCUUCCCCAUCUCCACCAGAUGCCCAGGAGGGUGCCCCUCGGGCCAAGCUCCCCUCUCAGUGUCUCCCAGCCCACCCUGAGUAGCCACGAAGGGAGGCCCGCCGGCCUGGGUGCUGUUCCCUCCGGCCCCCAUCACAGCCCCAGCCCCAUCCCUGCUACAGCUGGCAGUGCCCCCGGGAGAGCCCGGCCAGUGCCUGGAGAGCUGACUCCUCCGUUGCACGGGCCCCGCGCCCGAAUCCGGAAGAAACCCAAGGCUCUUCCCUACAGGCGGGAGCACAGCCCUGGAGACCUGCCUCCGCCACCCCUGCCGCCACCAGAGGAAGAGGCAAGCUGGGCCUUGGGGCUGAGGGCAGCAGGCAGCAUGUCCUCCUUGGAAAGGGAGCGGGAGCACAGUGGGGAGAGGAGACUGGUGCAGGCCGCACCCCUGGGGGGCCAGCGGCGCCCCCACCCAGAUGAAGAAGCCUGGCUCCCCUACAGUCGACCGAGCUUCCUGUCCCGGGGCCAGGGCACAAGCACCUGUUCCACAGCGGGCAGCAACUCCUCCAGAGGCUCCGGCAGCUCUCGGGGAUCCCGGGGCCCUGGCCGGAGCCGGAGCCGGAGUCAGAGCCAAAGGCCCGGACAAAAGCGUGGAGAGGAACCAAGAUGACCUUUGACGAUAAGCCAGAAGUUCCACCGGGAAGGGCUUGUCCCUGGGCCAGGAAUCUGCACGUGAGCCCCUCCCCCUGGUGAAUGAGGGCUGAGCAGAGAGGAGCGAGGAGGGGGUCUCCUCCUUCUUGCCAUGAUGCCUGGGGCUCCCUGAGGAAUUGGCUUAGAAGCCAGAGAGCCAGAUCUUUCCUUGCCAUCUGAGACCCUUCAU